GGGCUGUUCUCAGCUGGCGCUUCGUGAGCGCUUCGAGUUUUGCGGACUCUAGCCAGCUUCCAGCAAUGUGAACAUUUGUUCGGUCGCCAACCCAAGCUGCCGUCUCUUCUGUAUGUUCCUUGGCCCUCGCCACAAUCUCCUGUACACGAACUCAAUUCACCAGUCUUGAGGACGGCGCUUGGCUGCGGGGCAUUAAAAUGUAUGUCAGGGCGGGAGAUGAAGCCCAUUCAGACUUAUGAGCACAUUCCUUCCGUUCGGAGGCACAUCUGCAAAUUCCCCGUCAGUAUGAGGUUUGAUGACAUGAGAGUGUCGUUCGAGUUUCAGAAGAUGAGAAGAAGUUUUGGAUUUGGUUUUGGUUUCACAUACUUUGAAAGUGUGGCGCAUCUUGUGAGAUCUCAAGAACAGGGGCCCAGUUUGUUUCUCAAUUGGUUUUGACCUCUGGGUGCUUGCUCCACGACAAAGACCUCUGUGAAACGUACGAAGAGAAAGUUGUGCUGCAACAACAGUCUGAGGCCCAGUCAACCUCCCAUCCUAUAUAUUUGAAACAAGGAAGGUGGAGUUGAAUUUCCAGCAAUAAGACUCCGUUCUAAAUGAUUCUUCUCGAUAUUCAUCCGAAGAGCUCCUUUUUGGAAUCAGCAUGUUCAUGUCUGAGCUUGUAAAUCAAAAUAUUACUUUUUCAUCUCUUUAAGAUGGACUUUAGCUUGGUUUUGAUGCUCUCUAGCUUACUACAGCUCCAGGAUAGCUUGGAGUCUCCAAGCUCAGAUACAUCCUCACCUGCUCCAUUACUGUUCUUCACCCUCAUUACCGUGUUGGCCCAUGCUGCGGCUCUUUACGCUGAAACAUCUGGGGAUUAUUGGAGUACUGAGCAGCAGAAGACUUUCCGAAGUUUGAUCACGGAGCAGAUGAAGACUUUGGACCCUGCGAUCCGGGACACUCAGUGGCGGCAGGCCUAUGGCAUGUCAUUUCCUCUCUUCGUGAUGAUUGUGGACGAGGUGAAACCCUUCCUCCUCAAGCAGGAACUGUAUGGCGGUGAAACUAUGCCACCUGAUGCUGCAGUAGCAAUGGUUCUAUAUAGGCUGUCAAGUGGGCACAAUUUGAGAAGAAUCGCUUCGGAGUACAAGACUGGAUCUGCAACCAUUACGAAAUAUACUGAUCUGGUUACUAAGGCUUUAGCCACCAAGCUGUAUUCAAAGUAUAUCAAGAUUCCAAGUGGUGAAACUCUUGCCGAAAUUAUCACUGCUUUCAAGGACCGCACUGGACUCCAGAACAUGUGUGGAGCUAUUGAUGGGAGUCAUGUGAAGAUCCACAAAAGACCUGACAAGGAGUAUUCUCCUGGCAAUUACAAGUGCCGACAUCACUUUUUUGCAGUGCUUCUACAAGUCGUGUGUGAUCAUCGAAGGAUGUUUUGGGACGUGUGUUGUAAGGCGGCUGGGAGCACCGAUGAUGCAACUCAUCUUAGAGGAAGUUCUCUUUUCCAAAAGCUGACAAACGGCGAAGUUCUGGUCGACACACAUGUUCGGAUUAAGGGCAACCAUAUCAGACCGUACAUAGUGGGAGACUGGGGGUACCCGCUUUUCUCGUUCCUGCUGACACCGUUCACAGGCAACGGAAGUGGGACACCGGCCCAAAACUUCUUCGAUGAGCGACUGAUGAAAGGGCGAGCGAUGGUGGAAGAAGCGAUCAGCUUGCUGAAAGGGAGAUGGAAGAUUCUGCAAAACCUCAACGUUGGUUUGAACUACGCGGCACAGACUGUCGUAGCGUGUUGUGUGCUGCAUAACAUAUGCAUGCUGGCCGAAGAACCUGAGCCUCCGGUUGCUCCUGAUCCUAGUGAGAACGGGCCCAUAGCCAGGGCCCUCGAUACCGAAAGGUCCUUGAACUACUUUGGAGAAAGCAUGCGGCAACUUCUUCUAGAGGACCUGCAGGAGAGAAAUAGGAACAUGUUUUGAUCCAUCUCAAUCUCGACUUCGGUGCCUGCUUCAUCAUCUCGUGGUAACCACGACUUGAAGCUUGGGAAGUUGUGCAAACCGCAUUCUUUUGGGAAGAGGUACUCCUGUCCGGAUUGUUCAGUCCGGGAUGUCAGCGGCCCCGUUGUUAUUUCUGCCUGGGUGGGCAAAGGUUUAGGAAUGCAAGUGAUCUUGCUUGAGGUGGGCAACACCUUCAAGAGAGAUGAGCCUGCAGAAAUCCACCUAUUUAUCUAUACCUCAAAUCCACUGGUCUAUACGUAGUCAUCAUGCCCAGUUGUUGAUCCGGAAGUCUCAAAUUGGAUGGAUGACUCUCCCAUCCAACAACCCGAUCUUCGUUGGCAUGGAUCAUCUGUACGCAACUGCUUUCGCAUCAUAUAUAUAUAUCUCGUCGAUUGAAGGAGACCCCGC